AUGGCAGAAAGGGAGGGAAAUGAAACAAAAGAAGCCCGAAGCUCCUUGCUCGAGCUGAACCCUCAGAGACCCUCGAAAGGAUUUCGUCUGUCGUUGUCACCACGUGGACUGAAGAACCGGUUGUUGCGGUCGCUGUCUGUCAAAUAUUCCGGAUCUGAGCCAGCGUCGACCAUGGAAAAAGGAAAAGAACAUCCAUCUACGUUAAGACCAUUUAGCUCAAAUCCUCCAUCUGCGGACAUACCAUCAACUUCUUCAAACAUCCCAAUGCACGGUUAUUAUGGACCCCCAUCUGCGGAUAUACCAUCAACUUCUCCAAACAUCCUAAUGCACGGUUACUAUGGACCAGUGCCUGCGUGGUCACCGGGUUUUCUCCCAUUUCCCGCUAUCAACCAAUAUCCAAGCAGUGUACAGAAUGCUAGUUACACAUUUCAACAUGACAUGGAAGGCCAGUUGUCUCUCAGCAAUACCUCCGUUACAAGCAGAUUUCUGGGUACGGAGGAUAAUAGACCCUCAGUUGGGGAAACUGAAUCGCCAGUUACAUCUUCUAGAGUUGAAGAAAUUCAUCCUGAUAGACCAGAUGCAGAAGAAAUCGAGUGUGGUAGUGCCGGAACAUCAGAGAAAGUGCAAAUGGAUGGUGAUGAUGAACCAGUUUCGGGGAUGGAGUUUAAUUCCUUAUAA